AUGUUGAGGAGAAACAUAAGAUUGCGAAAAGAGUAUUUAUAUUUAAAACGAGUGGAGGAAGAAAAGAAAAAAUAUGCAGAUAAAAUAAAAAGUAUAAAGCAAAGCUAUAACGAGAAUAAAAAAAUAAGAGGGGAUUUAAAAGAUGAAGAAAAUGAAUUAAGAAAAAAGAUGAACUUGUAUGAUGAAAAAUCACUUAACAGAAAAUUAGAUGAUGAAUAUUUUUUCUGCGGAAUUGAAAAUCCUCGAGUGUUAAUAACGACGUCAAGAAACCCGUCUGCUCAGUUAGAAAGUUUUGCAAAAGAAUUUAAGCUUUUGAUUCCAAACAGUGAAAAAGUAAAUAGAGGGAGUUAUUAUGUUAAAGAUUUAAUAAAUUUUGCAAGAAAAAAUAAUAUAACGGAUGUAAUUAUUUUACAUGAAUAUAAAGGGAAACCAAGAAAUUUAAUAAUUUGUCAUUUGCCAUUUGGUCCUACGUUAUUUUGUACUAUUAAAGAUUGUAAGAUGAGACAUGAAUUUAUUGAUCAGAUAAAUAAUAUGUCAUCGUGUAAUCCACAUUUAAUUUUUCAUAAUUUCAAUUCAGAUUUAGGAAAAAGAAUUAUGAAUAUUUUUAAAUAUUUAUUCCCACCAGUUAAAAUUAGAGUGAAUAAAAAAAAAUUAGUUAGAAAUAAAAAUUGUGAAUAUAUAGCAAAUGGAAUACAUACCAAAAUUAUAAAACAAACUGAUGAAAAUGGAAAAGAAGAGGAAGAGACAGAGCAGACUGAUAAAGAAUUUCAAAUAUCCGUUAAAAAUGAUGAAUAUGGCAAUUUACAGAAAUAUGAAAAUAAUAGAAUUAUUACAUUUUUUAAUAAAAAUGAUAUAAUAUAUUUUCGCCAUUAUAAUUGGGAGACCAAUGAAAACAAUGAAAUAAUUUUAAAUGAAGUUGGCCCGAGAUUUAGUUUUAUUGUUUAUAAGAUAAACAAGGAAACCCUUGAUUCUUUGAAUGAGGAUUAUGAAUACGUGUAUCGCCCGUUUUUAAAUUCAAAAAGGGCAUUAUUAUCGUGA